CUAGGCGCCAAAGUGGUAAUUCGGUAGAUGUGGUAAAGACGCAAAAUGCCUGCCUCGUGCGCAAUACUGGAUUGCAAUCUAAAAUACACGCACACGCAGGACGUUUCGUUUCACAAGUUUCCGUUCAAAAAUCCCGAGCUGCUCAAGCAAUGGAUCGCAUUUACCGGUCGCGACGCAAGUUGGCAACCAACGCAAUGGAGCUCCAUUUGCAGUCGGCACUUUCAGGCGACCGAUUUCAGGGAGUGUCCUUACCGAAAAAUGCUUUGCAACAAUGCGGUUCCACUGAUACGGGACGGCGGGGGGUUACGGGAAAACGAUAUCGUCGUCACCUCCGUGUACGAGAUAAGUACCACGGAAGAGGUGCUAGAGCAGUACGAUGGCUGCUACCCGGCGGAAGAGCUGGAUUUCUCCGGACAGAACGAGGUUCAGUUCAACCCGCCCGGGGUCGGUCUAAUGGAGGCAAUCGAAGAAGAGCUGCAAGAAGCUGACUUAACGGAGAUCACUUGCCGGGUGUGUGGCGUAGUGUAUAGCCGCGCGACCGACAAGCUGCUGUUCGAUCUAAGCCAAUCCGCCGGCGUUAUAGGCAAAUAUCUACCCUUCGUGAACCUUGACCUACCGAACCUCCCGCGGAAGAUUUGUCUCGACUGCUUGAAAGUGGUGAACGGAUUUUCGACAUUUUGCGACAACAUACUGAGAGCCCAAACUGACCUAGAGUAUCGCUUCCUGUGCGAUGGGUCCGUCGUUGCCGAGCCAUCUCCGGCCUCGGCUUCGAUCCGAAGCGCCCCGGAUGCCGCUAGCAAACCGAUGAAAAUAAAACAGGAACCCAUCAAUUUCAUCAAGGAGGAGAAGAUCGAGGGUGCCAAUAGUGGACACUUGCGGAAGGAGAAGGACCCACCAGCACCGGAUGCAAUCCCGGCCGCAAGCGGCAUGAUCUUCAAGCCGGUCCAAACCUUUGCUAACGACAAAAAUCGCAUCAUUCUCUUCGGUAACGCCAGCGGCAAGGAUCGCGCGAGCGAUACGCAGCGGGAUUCGUCGAAAAACUGCGAAAUCCUGGAGAUAGUGAACCUCUACCCAAGUGAACCACCGAUCGUGGACAUUACGAAUGCCACGAUCACGGAGAUGCAACCGUACGAGAACACGCUGCAACCGCCACUGCUGCCGGCCACUGCGACCGGAACACCGAUGAUGGCAGAUGGCAGACUGAAGGUGGAAAACACGGCCGAUGUUGAGGCGGACCAGGAUGAUUACUAUCUACCUCUGCCCGACGUGCUGCAUCUGAUCAAUACGUUCGAAGAACACAGCUAUACGAAACUUCCCAUUCAGGCGGACGAUAAGGAUGAAAUAUUUAACGAUCUUAAAACCGGCAACCCGCAGCCGGCGGAUGGUACGGCCACUCGCGAGCUGAAGUGCAUCGAAGACAACGAACCUUCCGGUGUCGGUUGGUUGUGCGGUGACUGUGGUCAAGCGUUUCGCACGCACCGCAAAAUGCUGUACCACCGAAUGCUGACGUGUGCCGUGCGUCGAAAGGUUGCCCAGUACUGUCGGCGGUGUAAGCGAAAGUUUGCCUCGGCACACAGGCUUCGAGUACACCGGAUGGCAGCACUGUGUCCGAAGCGACCGCAGAGACAGAAACAGUUCGACCUGAAAGCGAUCCUCGCACGGAACAAAGUUCCGCCGCCGGCCCCACCGGCCAGCACCACCAGCACCGACUACGAUUCCGUACCUCUCGGUGGCGACGGUCGGCUAAAGCGCUCGCGCUACCCUUGCUCGUUGUGCGAGAGGUCGUACAUAUCGCUGUCGAACAUGCGCCGCCACAUCGUCACACAUCGACCCAUGGCCGAGUGGAACCACAAGUGUGGUAUUUGCUUGAAAAUCUUCGACAAACUGAUCGAUCUCAAAAAACACCUGCACGACUCGUUGUGCAGUAAUCACCCCAUCAAUCCGCAGCAGGAUUCACCCACCGAGGACAUCGCGGUCGGCGAGUCGGCGACGGUAGUAGCAUCAUCGCAGGCGCAGAUUGAUCGGCUGCUGUACGUGUGCUCCACCUGCAACAAGCACUACCGAUCGUACAACAGUCUCAAGGUGCACGAGUCCGUGCACACCGGCAUUAGGGCGUACAUCUGCGAGAAGUGCGGCAGGCGGUUCAGUGGCCAAAUGAAUCUCGUGCAGCACCGACUAACGCACUCCGAGCUCCGCCAGUACCACUGCGAGCAGUGCCCGAAGGUGUUCAAACGCAAAGGUGGACUCAGUCAGCACGUACGGGGCAUCCAUCUGAAAAUUCGGCCUUUCCGGUGCGAAACGUGUGGUCACACAUAUGCGCUCAAAGCCGACAUGACGCGGUGUCGACAUUCCAAGCUGAAAGAUGCCACCGCCUCAUAGGCAACAAUAAUAUCCAGCUUCGGUUCGGUUAAUCUAAAAAUCGUUCAAUUCAAUUUUUCAAUUUCUUUCAUGUACGCCUCAAUGUACGGUUCAAUUUUAUUUAGCUUUUCUCAAUCCAUCGCCAUUCCUUUGAGGGACAGUGCGUUUUCGUCGAACAGUAUCCGUUUUUACAUUCAUCGACCAUUAGAUUUUUAUCAGAAAUUCGAUAUUUGGUUCAAUUCAAUUUUUCAAUUUCUUUUAUGUACGCCUCAAUGUACGGUUCAAUUUUAUUCAACUUUUCUCAAUCCAUCACCAUUCCUUUGAGGGGCAGUGCGUUUUUGUCGAACAGUAUCCGUUUUUACAUUCAUCGACCAUUAGAUUUUUAUCCGAAAUUCUAUAUUUGCAGGCGAGUAUUAUCAGUAUGAUUGUAACACAUACAACCUUGAAUUUAAUAAAAACUCACGCAAAUAAAAAAAAAACGUUGAAAUAAGU